UCUUACAUUUUAUAAAAAUGUAAAGAGAAGUAGGAUACUCAUGAUAUAUGUAGUUAAUAUAUAAAGGAUAAAGUGUCCCUUGUGGAUCCAAAAACUGAUUUUUUCCGUGUUAAUAGUCUUAACAUUAGGAUCCAUCAAAUCAAUGGUUCAAAAGUUAUGUUUUCAGAGAUGGAUCUUGAUGAUGUUAGUUUACUCGCUGAACAAAUUAGAGAAACAAGUAAACUUUCCACAGCGAAUGCAGAGCAUUUAAGAACUUUGCGUAUACAGCUAAAAAAUCCUGUAUUACCACAACAUGAAAUUGAAACCCGUGCUGGAUCUCGUCCUCCAACACAUGAAGAAAUAAAAAGAUUUGAAGAAAUAGAAUCUAUUAAAAAAGGAUGUUAUAAUGCAUCAGAGGAUAAAAUAAUUACUCAUAAUUGGAAAGAAUUUUGUAAGUUACAUCACUGGAACCCUAAAGAGGUUGAACCAUUUUUACUCUUGAGAGAGAAAAAUAAAACAUAUAUACGCAGUAAAAGGGAAAGAAAAAGAUUUGUACAAUUUUUAGCAGAUGGUUUGCCAAAAAGAACUUUGUACAGUGUAUAUCACAGAUUUAGAACUUUGUAUUCAAAUAAUUUUCAAAGAAGGUUUCAUCCAGAUGAAGAUAGAAUGAUUUUGGAUCACUUAGAACAUAAUAUCAACCUUGAUCACAAGCGAAAAUAUACAGAUUUAGCAAGAGUUUUAAAACGAACUCGAAUUUCUAUUUGGCGUCGUUAUAAAAUACUCAAGAGAAAACGUUAUGGAAGAGAGAAUUAUUAGAUUUUAUAUUACAUUUUUAUGAUGUUUGUAUGUAAAUCGUAUGUAGGUCUAUUCGAAAUCAGUUUCACGUCAUUUAUUUCACCACCACGAAUUUUCAAUUCAUAUCAGACACCUUUUCUCGCUUGAAAAAUAAUGAUUUAGCAAGAUUUAUAAAACGAAAUUGCAGUAAGUGUCCGCGUGGACAUGGUAUUCGCCUCACAUGUAAAUAAAACAAUCCGCUUGUCGAGAGUUAAUUGUCAUA